UCCUUUGUGUCCGCAAGUCGAGAUCAAAGGUGGCAUCCCUUCCUACUCGUCAAACCAAACCAACCACUCAAAGUAGCCUUGUCCACGCAAAAUGGGUCUCUCUCGCGGAAAGAAGGAGGACUGGGUGAGCAAGUUCCACCACCUCAUCGAGACGUACCCUUCGAUCUUUGUCGUCAACAUCGACAAUGUGUCGAGCGGUCAGCUCCACACCAUCCGUUCGAGCCUCCGUGGCAAGGCGACGGUGCUCAUGGGCAAGAACACCAUGGUCCGCCGUGCUCUGCGCAACGUCCUGGCCGAGAAGCCCCAGUUCGAGAGGCUGAUGCCCUUCGUCAAGGGCAACAUCGGCUUCGUCUUCACCUCGGGUGACCUCAAGGACAUCCGUGAGGCCAUCCUCGCCAACCGUGUUGCCGCCCCCGCCCGUGCUGGUGGUUACGCCCCGGCCGACGUCAUUGUCAAGGCCGGCAACACCGGCAUGGAGCCCGGUAAGACUUCGUUCUUCCAGGCUCUUGGUGUCCCCACCAAGAUUGCUCGUGGUACGAUUGAGAUUGUCUCGGACGUCAAGGUCGUUGCCGGUGGCACGCGUGUCGGUUCGUCCGAGGCCAUGCUGCUCAACAUGCUCAACAUCUCGCCCUUCACCUACGGUAUGAGCGUCACGCAGAUCUACGACAACGGCCAGACCUUCGGCUCCGAGGUGCUUGACAUCAGCGAGGACGUUCUUGUCGACCGCUUCCUUCUCGGUAUCAAGCAGGUCGCCUCGAUCUCGCUUGCCCUCAACUACCCCACCAUUGCCAGCGUCACCCACUCGCUCGUCAACGGCUACAAGAACCUCAUUGCCGUCUCGCUGGCCACCGAGUACGAGUUCGAGGGCUCUGCCAAGGCCAAGGCUUACCUCGCCGACCCCUCGGCCUUCGCUGCUGCCGCCCCCGCUGCGGCUGCUGCUGCCACCGAGGACGCCCCCGCUGCGGCUGCCGAGGAGAAGGAGGAGGAGAAGGAGGAGUCGGACGACGACAUGGGCUUCGGUCUCUUCGACUAAGCAGUCCCUCUUCCCCUUGCUACACCACCAAAAGAUUUCUUGUACUAGAUGUCUUUCUUGGAAACACAUUUGACGCAGGAAUUUCCUCCUCGCCCUUCCCCUUUUGAGCGCGGGCCCGAGCUCCGAGAUUGAACGAUGUGACAGCUAUCGCCUGCAUCCAAGCGCGG